AGGCGGCGGUCUGAGGCGCGCGGGUCAGACGCGGCGCCAUGCGCGGCCCCCCUGCCUGGCCGCUGCGGCUGCUCGUGAGGCGGGGCCCGGCCUCCCGCGUCCCCUGGGCCCGGCUGCCGCCGACGCGCCUGGGGUCAGCGCCACCUUGGGGCGUGGGGCCGGGGCUCCUGGCAGGUGGCGGGACCGCGCGAGGUCCACACGGCUGGGCUGGCGGCUGCCCGGGCGGGGGUGCCGGCGGCCCUGCGGGCGGAGCGGGCCUCUCGCGGCUCCUGGCGCUGUGGGCGCGGCCCCCGGGCCCCUCCAACUGGGGGGCGUCCGCCGGGCCCAGCGCCUCAAGACUUCUGCGCGCCGGGUUCCCGAGCGGCCCAGCCGUGGGCGAGGCCAAGCGGCGGCCGGACUUGCGCGCGGCCGCGGCAACCCCCAGACACGACCCGCCGCUGCAGCCCGCUGCUGCCGGACGCUCGGAGGCCCAGAAGCUCCUGAGGCUGGCGCACCCAGAGCGCCGGAGGCUGGCAGCUGCAGUUGGGUUCCUAGCAGUGUCCAGCGUCGUCACCAUGUCCGCCCCCUUCUUCCUGGGGAAGAUAAUCGAUGUCAUUUACACAAACCCGGCUGCAGACUACAGCUGCAGCCUGACCCGCCUCUGCCUGGCACUCAGUGGCGUGUUCUUCUGUGGUGCUGCUGCCAAUGCCAUUCGUGUCUACCUCAUGCAGACUUCAGGUCAGCGCAUCGUGAAUAGGUUGAGAGCUUCACUCUUUUCCUCCAUUCUGAGGCAGGAGGUUGCUUUCUUUGACAAGACUCGCACAGGAGAGUUGAUCAACCGCCUCUCCUCGGACACUGCACUCCUGGGGCGCUCGGUGACUGAGAACCUCUCGGACGGGCUCAGGGCUGGGGCCCAGGCUUCCGUUGGCAUUGGCAUGAUGUUUUUUGUCUCACCUAGUCUGGCCACUUUUGUUUUGAGUGUGGUGCCUCCAAUAUCCCUCCUUGCCGUGGUUUAUGGACGAUAUCUACGGAAACUGACCAGAGUCACUCAGGAUUCCCUGGCACAAGCCACUCAGCUAGCUGAAGAACGUAUUGGAAAUAUAAGAACUGUUAGAGCUUUUGGGAAAGAAAUGACUGAAAUAGAGAAGUAUACCAACAAAGUGGACCAUGUGAUGCAGUUAGCAAAGAAAGAGGCAUUUGCUCGGGCUGGCUUCUUUGGAGCAACCGGGCUCUCUGGGAACCUGAUUGUGCUUUCUGUCCUGUACAAAGGCGGCCUGCUGAUGGGCAGUGCCCACAUGACAGUGGGUGAACUCUCUUCCUUCCUAAUGUAUGCUUUCUGGGUUGGAUUAAGCAUUGGAGGUCUGAGCUCUUUCUAUUCAGAGCUGAUGAAAGGACUGGGUGCUGGGGGACGCCUCUGGGAGCUCCUUGAGAGAGAACCUAAGCUUCCUUUCAAUGACGGGGUUGUUUUAAAUGAGAAAAGCUUCCAGGGUGCUUUGGAGUUCAAGAACGUGCAUUUCGCCUACCCAGCUCGCCCAGAGGUGCCCAUAUUCCAGGACUUCAGCCUUUCAAUCCCUUCAGGAUCAGUCACGGCGCUAGUUGGCCCAAGUGGUUCUGGCAAAUCAACAGUGAUUUCCCUCCUGCUGAGGUUGUAUGACCCCAUUUCUGGAACUAUCAGUCUCGAUGGCCAGGACAUCCGUCAGCUGAAUCCAGUCUGGCUGAGGUCCAAGAUUGGGACAGUGAGUCAGGAACCAAUUUUGUUUUCUUGCUCAAUUGCGGAGAACAUUGCUUAUGGUGCAGAUGACCCUUCCUUGGUGACGGCUGAGCAGGUAGAGAAAGUGGCUAGUGUAGCCAACGCAGCUGCUUUCAUCCACAAUUUCCCUCAAGGAUUCAACACUGUGGUUGGAGAAAAAGGGGUUCUCCUUUCAGGUGGGCAGAAACAGCGAAUUGCAAUUGCCCGUGCUCUGCUUAAGAAUCCCAAAAUUCUUCUCCUAGAUGAAGCAACCAGUGCACUGGAUGCUGAAAAUGAGUACCUUGUACAGCAAGCUCUGGAUCGACUGAUGGAGGGAAGAACAGUGUUGAUUAUCGCCCAUCGUCUGUCCACCAUCAAGAAUGCAAAUAUGGUAGCUGUUCUUGACCAGGGAAGAAUCACUGAAUGUGGGAAACAUGAAGAGCUGCUCUCAAAACCAGAUGGGAUAUACAGGAAAUUAAUGAACAAACAGAGUUUUAUUUCAGCAUAAAGAAGCAAUUACUGGUAAACUUUAAAGCAAAGCAGCAUUGCAGGGGGGAAAAAACUCAGGCUAUGUGAAAUCUGUAAAUCAUACUUCAAGUUAUUUGAAAUCUGCCUAUUUUUUUCCAAAGUUUGUAAAAUACUGUUUUGAGAUGUACCUGUUCUCAAGAGUUUUAAUAAUUGUAACUUUCUAAAUGUCUAGAGCACUGAAGUUAUUUUCAUGUUUUUGUACUUUUAUCUUGGAAUAUUUUAAUUAAUACAGCAUGGCACCUCAUUCUUUUAUCUGCUGUUAUAAAUUGAAGCUAUUGUCAAAUGACAGCUUUUAAAAGGGAAUUAUAAAUAAAAAGCCUAAUUAUUUUAGGCCAGUUUACCAAUCACUGUGUAAUCGCUUGGUAGUAUUCUACCUACAUCUGGUCUCAUUUUGCCAGCUAGCAUAAUAGAAGGUGAAAAUCUAAUCCCUUAUUUUAUCCUGAUAAUCUCAUAAAGCAAACUUGGCACACACACAUUUACAGAAGUAGUUACUCACAUGGCAAGGAGGAAAUAUUUAUAUUUCCCAUCUCCUCUGUCUUCAAAGAUAUUAAAGUUUAGGAAUAUAUGUUCCUCUGGGAUGAGACUGUGUUUGAAUGUGUGCAGUUUUCAACAUUUUUGGCACAUGAGAGCCUGAUGAAUUUGAAAAAGGGAAGAAACCCCAUCUUUUGAACAUGAAAACUUCUGUUUUCAUUGUUCACAUAUUUGUCUCUGUGAAUACUUUGGAAAGCAAGGCAUGAACUGCCAGGUAUUAUCAAGAAAGAUGUAAAAAUGAAUUUUACACUUUUGUCUGAAGGUAUAUAUCCUAAAAAUUAUCUUUAGAAAGUUUAUAAUUCCUAGCCAAAUUUUACAGCUUUUUAUCAGUCAUUUAAAUAGUUUUGAAAUUUCAUUCAUUGAGGCUACAAUCCAAAAUUAUUAACAUAACUAUAAUUUUCAACCUUUUUAAAACAUUUGAAGAACGCUUAGAUGUUCUUGCUAUUUUGCAGAAUAUCAAGAAACCUUAAGAGCCCGUUACUCUCCUGAAAAGAGAACAUAACCUUUUUUUUUAAUUUGGUUAUAGUUUUUAUUCACCUAAAUGUCUCAAAAUCCCUAAAUCAAUGCCAACAGCCACUGAAUUUGCCAUAUUUCACAUCAGUGCUUGUAAUUUGCUGAUGCCUCAAGAAAAUGUACUUUUUCUACAUUGAUAACAUCAGAACCUAAGAAGUAACUAUGUUGAUGUGAUUAAAAUGAAAGUUUUCUCAUGUACUAAGUAUUAGUUUCCUGAGUAUACUGGAAGAAGAAACCACUAUUUCAUGAUAAGCAUGGAGUAUUGCAUUUCAUUCUACGUAAGGGAAUUUAUUAAUGAAUAAAACGAAUUCAUUGUUCUUUGAAUUAGUAAGCAGUACACCUGUGACAAUCAUUUUAACAAGUUUUACUUGUCGUCUUCAUGGUUUACUACUAUGAUGUAGUUUUCAGAAAGGAAACAAAACAAAAUUACUGGGUUGAAUCUGAGGGAAAUCUCUUUGUGCCAUAGAAGAAUUAACAAAAUUGAAUUUGAUCAUUUUAUUUUCUAAUGCAAGAUGUUCAAUUGUGUCUUUUGAUAAUAUUUUAUAUCAUGGAUUAAAAUUUAUAGUGAACUUUA